UGAGUUCACCCACACGCCUUUUAGAGAAUCAGGACUGCUCAGCACACCCAGGAGCAAGAAGGAUUUUGCAACAAGAAUAACUGAGAAGAGGGUUUGUUUUCCACAUUGUUAAAAGGGGCUGGCCUUUUUUUAUUAGUCCUGAUGAUCAUUUUAUUGUGGCUUACUGGCUUACAGAGGGAAUUACUGUCAUGUAUUCUUGGAUUUCUGUAAGAGAUUACUGAUUCUUAGAGGCUGUUGUUAGAUUUAUAAAUUAUGUUGGGUUUUCUCAUUUAAUAGCUAAGGAAACUGGACAAGCCCUAGGGCCCAGUACUGGGUUCAUCACAUCCUAGUGCUGUCAGAGAGAGAUCUGCUUUCAGAAGGAACCAAACCCUAACAGAGAAAUGUGAAUAUGCAUAUUUAAAUUGUGGUUUUUUAGUAAGUGUGAUCAUUCUUGUAGUUCUUUAGCAAGAGAAGUGCUCCUUAAAUGGUCUUAAAUCAGAUGGUUCCACAUCCAAUGGUAUUUACUCAGUUCAAGUAUGUUUUUCUAAGGGACUCUACGUAAGUUUCUAUCUUAACACUGAUGUGCCUGCUGUGAUCCACUGGCUGUGAUUCAAGACCCUGUGGGGAAAAAGUGGAAGACAGCAGAGCUGUUGAAUGAGUUUGGAAAGCUGAACAACACCCUGGGAAGUCAAGAGGUUUCUUAGACGUUCAGAUCUGUCUGGUUCUUUUGCUCCACUACAGCUCAGCGGGGCUGAUCCUCAGCUACUUGGUGUAGACUGAAGAUUUUCACUGUAAUAGUUUUGGCUUAAUCCUGUACCACAAGCUCCUCAAGUGUAAUGCUGCCUAACAGUGGCUGGGAAGGCAGAGCUCUGCCUGUUGUUAAUUAUUGUUAAAGCAACAUGAAGAUAUUGCCAUUAUAGGUGAUGACCAGAGCUAUCAGUCAUUCUUUGUUGUCACAGAUUAAUGGCUUCAGGCACUUGCCUCAUCAUUGCCUCAGCUCACUGGUGUGACAGUGAAACACCACUACACUGCCAUCUCAAAAAGAUUUGCAAUCCUAGUAGCAAGUCCUUUGCUUCAUAUUAAUACAGCCUGUUUUUUUUAUAGUGGGGUCCUGGCAUCUGCAUUCACAGUAAGGUCUUGUUUCCAACAGCCACUGCAUUGAGUCAGAGAGACUUUGGUGCCUUCCCAUUAGUCUCUGACCCAUGCACUGGGCAGGGAGGAUGAGCUUUCAGUACUGCCUUUCAGGAUCUUGCCAACAGCAAAGGGAGACAUCAACACUGUAGAAAAUUCCAUAACUAACAGUGAUCCAGUUUGUUGGGUUUUUUGUUGCUUUGUUGUUGUUCUUGGAGGUUUUGUUGUUUGAUUUAGGGGCUUAUUUUUGUUUUGCUGGGGGAUUUGUUUGUUUAUUUAUUUUGGUGGGGAUGGGUUUUGGGGGUUUUUUGGGGUUUUUUUUCUCCUUAUUGUCUCAGCCGCAGCCAAGUAAGAAUCUAGAUGUUGCUUAGAGAAAUCAUAAAUCAACUCCAAGUUCUGACUCUUUUAAUACUGUUUUCCUGAUCAGAGUGACAGUAUCUCAAAUUUUUUUGUCUUAUGGCUCGUCCUCUGGAAUGCACAAGGCAGGAUUCACUCUGCUCUGGGCAGUUUAGUAUUCCUUGGACAUUCCAGGUGAACCCUUGUGUACUAAAAAGGCAGGAAAAAAGCUCUCAGAAAAUGCUGUAAUUUUUUAUUUUUGGAGAAAAAACCUCAAGUCUUUCAUUAAUCAGGAUAAAACUUUUAAGUUCUCUGUGUUUAGAAGUGACUCUGUGCUUACAAACAUGUCUUGAGUUGUUAUAGAACGUAAAUGUUCAUAUCACUUUCAAGCUGUUCCUUGGUACAGCCAACAACAUCUUUGUUCUUGUGCUGUUUUGAACUAGCAAGAAGUGUGGAAAAGUAGGAAUAUUGCAUGUGUGGGAUAGUUCCACUUUUUUUCUCUCUUCUCAGUGAUGGAAUGAAUGGCAUCUGAUUUACCUCAGUGUACACCACAAAGCUGAGCAUGUGCCAGUCCCCACCAGAGCCAAUUUACCAUGUACUUCUGCAGGACAGUUUGCACAAUUACAGUGCAACAUUAUCUGUAGAUCACUUAGGUCAUUCACAAGGAGAAGAAGUACAUUUCCCAAACCAUUCUUUUUUUCCAAAGUGACUCUAUUUCAGCAAGCAGAGAAAAUCACUUCCACUCAUAAAAUUUGCUAUGCCAGACAAAAAUACUUAGCAGACAAAAAUAUUGGUUCUAGAUUUUUGAAAGUCCAGGUUGACCUCAUCAAGUUGGCAGGUAGAAAAACUGGCUUGUUAAAUUCACAAAUGGCAUUAAGGUUUGGAGUCCUUUGAGGAAAUAAUCAUAAAGGUAUUUAUGCUUCUAGUAACUUCUAAUUUCUAGAAGUUUUUAGUAGCAAUUCAAAUAGAAACCCCUUCUUGAAUUUACUAGGUGGCAUCUAAACCAAAGAGCAAUACAGCCCCUUUCCUAACAGUGACAUUAGUUUCCAGGAUGGCUUUUAUUUGAUGUAAUUUUUGUUGUUUAUAAGCUCACAGUAAAGGUUAGAUUCUUUUCUUUAAAGUUGAUCUGAGGUUAAGUAAAAGGUAAGACAAUAGUUUUACCUCAUUUGUAAAAUGGUGAAAACAGCAUUCCUUUCAGUGAACACCAACAGUUCUGUGCAUGUAUUGAGUAAUAGGCACCUCUAGCACUUUUUUAAAGCCAUUAACGUUUUGCCUUCUUUCCAAAUUCUCACAAGUCCCCCUGGAGUUAGCAGCAGCUGGAAGCAGGCCAGACCUUGAAAAACUGUAUACAAAAUCACCAGAUUUGGAUUUGGAUCUGGGUUUGGAUUUCUUUCUUUUCCUUUUUUCAUUAGAGUUUAUAUGACUGACUAUGUACCUGCUUCAUAAAAUGGAAAACAAUGAAGUUUGCCAGGGAAAACAAGGGAGCUACCUAAACAUUUGGCUAAUUUUAUGCCUAUUCCCAAGAACCUGUGUAUCAGAUCCUUCAAAACCUAACUUUUUACUGAUACUGGCUGAUGAUCUUGGUAUAGGAGAUGUGGGUUGCUAUGGCAAUGGUACAAUAAGGACCCCUAACAUUGAUGGCCUGGCAAAGGACGGAGUGAGACUUACUCAGCACAUUGCUGCAGCAGCUGUCUGCACUCCAAGCAGAGCUGCUUUCCUGACUGGCAGAUACCCUAUCAGAUCAGGUAUGGCAUCCAGCACCCAACAGCAGGUUCUCUUCUGGAACGGUGGUUCAGGGGGGCUCCCACCAAAUGAAAGUACUUUUGCCGGAAUACUCUACCAGCAAGGUUAUUCUACAGCACUUAUAGGAAAGUGGCAUAUGGGUGUGAACUGCAAAACCCGCCAUGAUCACUGCCACCAUCCUUUAAAUCAUGGUUUUGCCUAUUUUUAUGGCAUGCCUUUUACUCUUCUCAAUGAGUGUCAAGGCACAGAUGAUCCUGAAUUGGCCAAAUCGUUGCAAGAUGCGUAUUGGUUUUACACUCAGAUGAUCAUCUUUGCAGUAUUUACCCUUGUGAUUGGAAAACUUGCCAAUUUAUUCCCAGUAAAAUGGAAAAUAAUCAUCUGUCUGGCCAUCUGUGGUCUCCUUCAUUUCAUCUCCUGGUUCUCCAGCUAUGGUUUCACCAAGUACUGGAACUGUAUCCUGAUGAGAAACCAUGACAUCACUGAACAACCAAUGAACCUACAAAAAACUACGUCUAAUUUGCUGAAGGAGGCAAUUACAUUCAUUGAAAGAAACAAGCAUAGACCAUUUCUUCUCUUUGUUUCCCUUUUACAUGUUCACACCCCUCUCAUUACCACAGAGAAGUUUCAGGGAAGAAGCAGGCAUGGGCUGUAUGGAGAUAAUGUAGAGGAGAUGGACUGGAUGGUGGGCAGGUUUCUGGAUGUUAUUGACAAAGAGGGCUUGAAGAAUACCACAUUCAUUUAUUUUGCAUCUGAUCAUGGAGGAUUCUUAGAGGCUCACAGAGGAAAUUCUCAGUUGGGUGGAUGGAAUGGGAUAUAUAAAGGUGGAAAAGGAAUGGGAGGCUGGGAAGGAGGAAUCCGUGUUCCAGGUAUAGUUAGAUGGCCAGGAGUGUUGCCUGCAGGCACAGUUAUCGAUGAACCUACAAGCCUUAUGGACAUUUAUCCUACAGUAGUUCAACUGGCUGGAGGAGCAGUGCCUCAAGACAGGGUCGUGGAUGGGCACACCUUGCUGCCCCUGCUGCAGGGGACUGAGCAGCACUCCAGGCACGAGUUCCUGUUCCACUACUGUGGUGUGUUCCUGCAUGCAGUGCGCUGGCACCAGAAGGACAGUGGCACCGUAUGGAAAGCUCAUUAUGCUACUCCAGUAUUUCAGCCAGAAGCCUCUGGGGCCUGUUUCAGAAGAGGAAUUUGUCCAUGUUUCGGGGAUGGUGUAACCCAUCAUGACCCUCCGAUGCUGUUCAAUCUCUCCCAGGAUCCAUCUGAGGCAAAUCCUCUAUCAGCUGACACUGAGCCCUUGUUUGACACUGUAGUGAGGAGAAUAAGAAGAGCUGUGGAAGAGCAUCGCAAGACUCUGACUCCAGUCCCACAACAGCUGUCUCCUUACAAUAAUAUAUGGAAGCCUUGGCUGCAGCCAUGCUGUGGGACGUUCCCGUUCUGUUGGUGUCAUGAAGAAAAUAACAAAGCAUAGUCUAAAACCAAAGUUAAAGUACAGUUAGCUUUAAAGAAAUUGAUAAUUUUUCAUAUUCACAUGACCACAGUCAUAAAGAUUAGAUACAUAGAUUAAAUUAUACUGAAAGAUAUAGAUUAAAUUAACUAGACGGGAUUGGUUUUUUCAACCUUUUCUCUUACCCACAGAAAUUAAGUAAGGCUGUGGUUUAAAAAAAAUUAGGGGUCAUCUGUAUAAUCUAUCCCUCAAGUGAAUAAUUAAGGAUUAAAUACCAAAUAAAUGAAUCAAAAUUUCUUUUCUUACUCACGAUUCAAGCAAAUUUUCAAUAGCAGUUGUCUGUAUAGGAAAUAUCGCUUGUUGAGAGAACAGGACUGAGCCCAAGAGGAUAUCCAUGUUCAGGUCUUAUGUUUUUAAUGAAAAUUAACCUGUUGUACAAAAAUGAAAGGAUGAUGAUAAUGAAAAAAUAAAAUGGCACAUUUAAUUUGGAAAUAUACCAAAAUGCAUUGUCAUCUCAGAAAAAAGCACCUAUUAAAUUACAGCAAUUUUUUGCCUCAUCAUCUGUACAUUCGUCAUGUAAGAUUUCCCAGGGAAAACUGAACUGACAAGUAUGUUUUAAAAAUUAGAUAGCUAAAUUCAGCAUCUCAAGAUCAGUAGCAAAGUACCUAGCUAUUCUGAAACAAUUAUUACUGAUGUUGUUAUUACUGAUAUUGAUACUGUUUUCCAUGUAGUUAGGGCAUCUCACUUGUGAGAGCAUUGAAAAUCAUCCUCCUGCUGCCUUGAGAAGAUUGCAAAAUUUGGGACCUAUCUGUGAGAACACUUCAUAAGCCUGCAUGUCCCACUUGAGUGACAAUGCCUCUGAUUUCAUAGGAAUGCCAUCAUGCCUCCUGAAAAAUAUUCUUUGUUUUGUGAAAUAACACUAUGUUUUCAGUAGGAGGUGUUAAAAAAAAAAUCACCUCACAGGGUAAUCACUUCUGUGUACAGGUCACAUUCCCCAAGCCAAACAAGUGUCAGCAUUCUGUACAGCCAUUAGGAAAGAGGAGGGUAUUAAAAGAUCUAAUCCUCUCUUGCUGCCCUUAGGUUAAAUAAAUUCAUCUCUCAAGAUAUAAUCCUAACCAUGCUCUGGCAGGGAUUUUGUGUCAAAUCAGAUUUUCAAAUGGAGAUUCCUGUAAUUUUUCCUCCUCAAAAAAGUAGAUUGUGGGCAAGAGGCUCAGAUUCAAACUUCAAAGUCUUCCUGAACACUAUAUAUUCAACACCUACUAUACAGGUAAUGGUCACCCAGGCUUUAAAAAGUAUCAAGCCAUGGUAAGAACUGCAGAGCAGGUGUUUCAGGUGGCAUGUUUCCUUAAAGCUUGCUGUCUGGAGGAGCCACACCUGGUCAGCUCUAUUCAGGACCAAGGUAGCCUGUAUGUCAUUUUCUGCUUUCUAGAAGCAGGAAGAGAUAAGAAGUCCAUAGCAAGUCUCUCUCUCAGCUCCUGAGCUGCCAUGGCAGAUCCCUUUCAUCAGCUUUGGGACAGAAGAGAGUGCAUGCCUAGAUUAUGCACCCUGUGCAGUGUUUCAGGGAACCUCCUGACUUACCUGACCUCAGUGUGCUAGUUUGGGGUGUGGUGAGUCACUGCUGUUUAAACAGCAUAGGUUGUGACCAUGAUGCAGCACCAAAUGCAAGUCUCUUAAUAGCUGACCAGGCAGGUCUCCAGGUUAUUUGCCAUUUCACCUUUCCUCUAAAAGGUCACCAAGAAAGUUACAUGGAAAACAUUCCACAUAAAUAACAGGGCAUGCAUGAAAAUGAACUGAUUGGAUGCCUCAAUGUUACACUUAAUAGAAGUAUCCAAAAAUAUGUUUGUUCUCUCUUCAGUGCUUAAAUCUGCACCAGCAUUGAUACAGACUUGUCAGAUUUGACACUUCUCUGUGUCUGACAGGGACUGAAAUUCAUUUCAGACAGGGACAGCAGCUGCAUUUCACUGGAUUCAUGCAGGGAGAAAAGUGCAUAAAAGACCACACGUUUUAAAGCCAGUUUGGCUGAAUCAGAAAUGGAGGGCAAAUCCUACUGCUCAGCGGGGAACAAAGCCAAAACUGUCAAGCCAGUCAACUCAGUAGCAUCUACAUUAUCAGUUAAGUACAAGGAUAAGUUUUUUCUCAGUUCACUUCACUGGCUUCCCCACUCACCCACUCCAAUCAUUAGGUUAAGUAUCAGGAAAAAGUUUUUCACACAGAAGGUGGUUGAGCACUGAACAGCACUGGGGCAAUGCUCUCAGUCACAUGGUGUGACUCUUGGGAUGUCCUGCACAGGGCCAGGAGAUGGACCCUGUGAUCCUGAUGGGUCCUUUCCAACUCAGCAUGUUCUAGGACUUACACACAAGAACAUGUCCAGUCCCACACUAGGCCAUGAUGAGAGCAUUUACCAGGGGCUGGGUUAGUGUUCAAGCACCCACUCAGCAUGCAAGCAUAAACCCAAACUUUAGGAAGCCAGACUAGAAGGGCCAGUACAUCAGCAAGACCCAGAACUCCAUCUCUAAACAGAGUGUGAAAAAAUCACCCUGUAUAAAUGUGAACAUUAAACAUUGGUCUGACACCUCAUUCCUCUGAAAAUUAAAUUUGCUGAACUGCUGUAUAGAGUCAGAGGAGUGUGCUAAGGAGCUACAUAGAUAUCCACAUUGCCUUUCUGACAUCCAAGCAGAUAAUUUUAUCUUAGCUGGCAUCUGUAGAAAACCAGAGACACUUUCAGGCAGGAGGAGGAAAAAUUAGGACUGGCAGCAUAGAAGAACCAGCUUUUGUCAACUGUCAGGAGGCCUCAGCCAGGCACAGGGAAAUGUGCUUUUCCCACAGAGAGAGGGAGAGGGCAGACAAUGCACACAGAGGAUCUGCAGGCGAGAAGGAGAGCAAAGUAAUGGGAAAUUGCUGAAUUGGAUGUAUAUCACUUCAAAAAAAGAGAAAGGACAGGAAAGAAAACUAUUUUCACUCCUAAAUUACUUUCACUGUCUAAAGCUAAAUGUAUUUUAAAAUGUACAAAUUUUGAGGAAACAGUGGUAAGCAGGAAAAGUAGUUAAUUAUUUUAUGUGUUACAUGCAGAUCCUAGCCAUGGAUUGGUUGUAAAUCUUUUUGUCUGUAUACAACUUAACAAGAACAUGUAAGCUCUGCAGAAGCUGUUCUUCUGAUCUUCUGGCAAAUGUAUACUCCCCAUAAAGCAGAUGAACCCAAUAUCACACUUGAGUUGUCCUCAUGAGCCCUUUCACAUAAAAUGCAUUUCUAGGCAAAAACUCUGUCACAAAACCUUCUUGAAUAACACUAGAAUGAAGAAAUUCUUAAUUCAGUUCUGUAGGUUUCCUUGAAAAAUCAUCUAUAAUGAUAUUUUUCAAAAUAUAUUAAUACAAGAAUAAAGCCUAAAUUGUAUGCUUUCUCCCUUCUUUUCUCAUGGUUCGUCCCUUUGUAGCAAGGCACAAGGACUACCUAAAAUGGCCUGUUAGGAAAACCUGGGACAACUGGCCAAUCUCCAAGCCAUACAAGAAUGUGCCUACAUAUGGUUUAAUAUAGACACCAUAGAGAGAGAAGUAAUACUCUGUAACAAAUGAAGUUUGUUUUACUGAAAGAGCUGUGGUUGUACUGUGUAAAUGUUUGACAUUCAUGUUGUACGAAGCUGACUUCCACUUAACUCGUUUGAUCAUUAUUAAAUGACAUUUGGAAUUGUUGCAUUAGACUGACUCAACAGAGUAAUUGUCAAGUCUCACAGGAGUGAGACAAUAAGCUUCUAAGAAGCCUCACUUCACCAUGUUUAAAUAUUAGACACAUUGCUUUGCUCCCUGCUGGGACUCAAGGGAGUGCCAGCACACAGAUCACAAGAUCCCAUCUUCUAAGGAUGCAAAAUAGUUGUGUAACAAAUAAACUGAGAAAAGCAAUUUGAGCUCAAAAUUUAUACAGCUUGAAAUAUUCCCAAGAACUGAGUAAAUUUGAGAGGCAUUUACAUAAAUGACCAAGGAGUAACAAAAACCUUUAGCUCAUGACAGAUUGUAGGUUAACAUACACAGAGGCAUAUAUAUAGUGUUGAACUCAAUACGACCCUGGAAGAUUUUUAUAGGACGUUUUGAUUGUAAUGCUACACCUAAUCGACUCCAUUAAAAAACUCAUGUUUAGUCAAAUCCUUGUUUCUUAUUGGAUUACCACAGUACUGCAUUACUAAGAUUUUUUUCAAUGCCAGAAAAUAAAAAACAGAGUGCAACUCCCCAUGUUGAGAUAAAUGGAGUUACUAGAGGAUCCAAACAACCCUGGCUUCUGCUCUGCCACUUGUCUAAAAGCUGUAAAUAAAAGGUUUGGAAACAGAAAGAAUUUAUGGAGGUUUUAAAAGGAAAAAAAAACCCUCUAAACUAAACAAAAGGUAAACCAGGUACCCAUCCAUGGCAUGCAAUCAGUUCUGUUCCAAGUACUUAAUCCUAUGAGAAAGCUCUGAAAAUCUUAUUGCUAUAAAAUAAACAAAUUAUCUGUUUUAUGUAUUUAUCAUUGUUCAGAAUGAUGCACGGUGCCAUAAAAUUGAACAAAUACUUCUCCAAGGCAGUUAAUGUUAUGCCAUCCUGAAAAUAUUAAGAUAAUCACAACUAAGAGACUGGCUGUCUGAAUUUUAGGGAUUUUAUACCUCCAAUUUGUUGAAGUUCUGACAGCAGUCAGAGUAUAACUCAAUAAAAAAGUUCUUGCAACUGUAUUUUUUCCCCUUUGUUAGUAUAACUUUCUGUUUUCUAGCAAUUAUUAUUUAUAAGUUUAAAUCAAUUAUAUAUUACUGUAUUUUUUAGCUACCUUUGCUAUAAUUAUGGUAUGAUGUUAUUACAAAAUGAAAGUUUAUAUGAUGAUGCAAAAUAUAACUUGAGUGUCACUGCUUUUAAUUUUUAGUACAAAAUAAACUAUGAGCCACCCAACUUUGGAUGAACAGAAUUUUAGCUGAAACAUUUUGCAACCAAUAUACUAACAAAGCAGACUACUUCAGUGAGCAGUCUUAACUGACACCUAUUUUUGGAGGCUAUCUAAAAAUUUACUACCAUGCAUUUAAUCUCAUAUAUUGGGUUGAU